CAAACAACGGAGAAGGAGGCGGAUUCUCCCUGAAGCACAAUCGCUCCAGUAAUUGUGACCUAAUGUUUAUAGCUAGCUGUUACUCAACUGGCUAGCUUGAGCAAUGUACUAAGUACAUGUUUAACGCGAUCCGCCUCGCGAAAAUCAUAUACAAAAAGUGAAGAAAAAGAUUGAUCAGUCGAUAGAAGGUGGGGAAUAUAGCUAACGAAGGAGAAGGAAAAGGAGGUCGCGUCACCAUGGAUACAGAAGGGGACCAGAACUCAGGCGCUACCAAUGGGAACACGCCUUCUGGGGGGAAUUCUCGUCCACAUCAAAUAUCCCAAAUGUCUCUUUAUGAGAGACAGGCUGUACAGGCUCUCCAGGCUCUGCAGAGGCAGCCCAACGCAGCUCAGUAUUUCCAGCAGCUGAUGCUCCAGCAGCAGAUAAGCAACGCCCAGCUCCACAACCUGGCCGCCGUGCAACAGGCCACUCUCGCUGCCAGUCGCCAGUCCAGUUCUCCCAGUAACAGUGUCUCCCAGGCCACCACCACUGCCCAAUGCACUGUGAAUUUAAGCUCUUCUGCUGGAGGAGCCAUGACCAAUACCCGCCCCCUUGGUCCGGCCUCCUCUGCAGCAUCAUCGACUCUCAGCCAAUCCGUGCUGCUGGGCGGGAACACGGCGGGACAGGGUCAGAUGUACUUGAGAGUCAAUCGCUCUCUCAGGGCACCACUUUCAUCCCAGCUUAUAUUCAUGCCCGGUGGCACGGCAACCGCUGCUGUGGCAACUGUCGCUCAGCAUCAGCCGCAACAGCAACAACAACAGCAGCAGCAGCAGCAGCAGCAGCAGCAGCAGACACAACAACAGGAAGUUCCUCCUACCUCCUCCAAUAACCAAUCAGACAAUGAUCAGGUGCAGAACCUGGCCUUGCGCUGUGUUUCCAGUCCCAGAGUCACAGGUGUCAAGGCCGAGUGUCCAGACCGGAAAGAGACAGUUACCUUCUCCAUUGUUCAGCAACCCCAACAGCAGCAGCAGCAGCAGCAGUUCCCCCAAACUACCCAACAAACCACAGCGCAGCAGCAGCAGAUACAGCCACAGCAGCCGCAAAUGGCGAGCAAAGUGGCCCCAUACACUCAGACCUCCGCACCCACCCUGCCCAGCAUAAGCAUCAAAACUGGAACCCAGUCCAACAUGGCUCCGCCCCCAGCCCCUCCUCUCUCUCCUUCCUCCUCCCCGUCCCCCUCCCUCCCUAUUCCCCAGCUCCUCCUCUCUCCUGGCUUCUGUCAAGCCCGUGCCGUCACCACGGUGACCUCGGCCGCCACGCCGACACACAUCCUCGUCCCCACGUCCACUGCGCCCAGCCCCUCUCAGGUCUACCCGGGCUCCUCUGCCACGGCCAAGCCCAACAUAAACACUCAGACCCUGGUGGUGCAGCCGCUGCAGCAGUCCAAUGCUAACAUCAACCCGGAGAAGAUGGGCCACACCACUGGCCCUGUUCCCAUUCAGCCCAAAACUGUGCAGGGCCUACGCCUGCCCCUCCAGCUCCCUCCCCGGCACCCGCCCCCCAUCCUCCCAGCCCCACCAAGCAACACCCAGGCCAGUGCUUCGCACCCCCCGCCGCAUGUUCCUGUUCAGCUGGUGGGUGCCAGGCAGGAUUCUCUAGGAAACUCCCAGGCUUUGGCCCUGGCCCGGGCCCGAAGCUGCUGUGCCCAGGACAGCGGGUCUUUAAAUAAUUCCGCAAAUUCCAAUGUCGUUACUAUGGUAACUUCAAUGGCGACAGGAGUGGGUGUGGCUGGAGGGGCUGGCCUAAAGUCACCCCAAACGGCUCUCCCAAUGACUCAGAUCUCUCAGAUUCACCUCCCUGCUAAUCAGAGUCCAGUUCUGAACCCAAAUCGUUCCUCUUCAACCACCUCCUCCUCCUCAUCCCCCUCGAUUUCUUCUUCUCCAUGCCUGUCUCUUCCACUCUCUGCGGAUGGGCAGAAUACUGCAUCGAUAAUGGUGCCUCCCUCUGGUGAUUCUGUUUAUGUGCAGCCUGUACAAAUACAGGGAAAGCCCGUUAGUGGAUCUUUGAAGAGGAAGUCAGAAUCUGAUAUAGCCAAUGAGAUGGCAGCAGGCUCCGCUCCUCUCUGCGCCCCCCCGCUGAGAGAAAUCUCUCCUCCUCUCUCUGCCUCAGCCAUCGACGCAGCGUCCGGCACAGCCUCCCCCUCCCCGCCGGCUCUCUCCAUGUCCCGGGCAGGAGGGGGUCAGGGUGAGAGGGCGCCCCCACCACAGGCUGUGGUUAAACCCCAGGUCCUCACACACCUGAUUGAAGGCUUUGUCAUCCAGGAAGGAGCCGAACCCUUCCCUGUGACCGGACCAGUGAAGGAGCGAGCAGAGGGGGCGUUUCCGGCGACAGUCCCGCCCACUGUCCCGGCAGAGUCCGAGGCUCCCACAGUGAUGAAGUGUGAGUACUGUGAAGGCUUUGCCCCCGCCAACCAGUUCAGAGGCUCCAAACGCUUCUGCUCCAUGACCUGUGCCAAGAGGUACAAUGUGAGCUGCAGUCACCAGUUCCGCAGUCGUCGCGGCCGAGCUGCUCGCGCGUCAGUGGGGGGGCCUGGGGGGCCUGUGGGGCCCGAGGGGAUCCUGAGACGCAGGGGUCCUCGCAGGAGCAGCUCGGAGAUCGCCUGCGCCAAAAUAGCCGGGAGACAUUUGCCUGUGAAGUGUCGGUCAGAGUCCAGCCGUUCAGAGGAUGUCUCCAGUUGUGAGGAAGAGGAGGAGGAAGACUCUCUCUCCCUUUCUCCCAGCUCCUCCUUGUCCUGCCCCAGACCGGCUCACUGUGGGCCCCAGUUGGACGGCUCCACUGCUGGUGGUCUCCCAUUGGACGGCGGCCACUUCCUUUCUGGAAGUCCCUCCCACUGGAGUGUGGAUGAAGUGUGUCAGUUUAUCUCCUCGUUGCAAGGUUGUGAAGACCUGGCAAGUCAGUUCCUCUCCCAGGAGAUCGACGGUCAGGCCCUGCUCCUGCUGAGGGAGGAGCACCUCAUGUCCACUAUGAACAUCAAACUGGGUCCAGCGCUGAAGAUCUGCGCCUCCAUAAACAACCUGAGGGACUGAGGGGGACUGGGAGGGGCGAUGACCCUGCUGUUCUGGCCAAUCACAGGGCAGAUGUGGAAGGGAAAAGCCCGGUCAGCUGUGACACGGUUGCCUUUACUUGGAACACGUCGUACGUUUUCCACAUUGUGUUUCCCGGAAGAAGAGGGGAGAAAAAAUGAAACGGAUAGGAAUGUCGUGAAUAGAAGAGUUCUUGUCUCUGACGGAAUGGAGAGGAAUUGAAGAUUUGUGCUUGUGAGAGAGAGAGAGAGAGAGAGAGAGAGAGAGACGUGUGUGCAGUGCGUGUGCGGAAGCCUGAUGUUGUUUGCAACAAAAUAUAUUCCCAUGCUUGUGCUCUGUGCGUAUACAAUUAUAGAAGGUAAUCAUCAUUAUUAUUAUUAGCUUAUAUGACAGUAUAUUUCAAGAGUCAAACGAAAAGUUGCCUUUUUACUCUUUUCAAUGGUGCUUUAAUGAAGUAAUUGAUAGUGGUAGCAUUGGGUGUAGAAAUACCAGAUUCCUCCAUUCCAAAGUUAAUGAUGAUGAAACUGCAUUGCUUGUCAUUCCACGUGGCUUAUUUCUUAAUGCUUGUUUGUGGACUGAGGUCAGACUACUUGAGGAUCAGGUGACAUUUUGCAGGUUUGAUAUAAAAGUGGCGGGGGAAGCUAGAAUUCCCUGGGUUGUUUUGUCAAAAGGAGUCUGGUUCCUAGAAUCUUUUUUGUAUUAAAAUCAACAAUUUGCCUUUUAUGAUUUACGAAGAUUAUUCUGAGAAUAGGUAUUACUCUGCUUGCGUAUCUACAUGUUUGGCUAGGGAGAGCUGCCUCCUGCUUAUUAUGCUAGAAAAAUAAACAAUUAUUGCUGAAAA